AUGGCAGCGAUAAUCGAGGUGGCCGAUUCCGGGGGCGUGGUCGAGGAGGACGUGGUGGAGGACGCGGAGGACCGAGGAGAUCCCGGUCACCUGCGCAGUCAAUGCCCGAAACUGGUCCGACCACAAAGGUUUGCUAAUUCUGUCAUAAAACCAGAAGGACAUACAAUAGUGGUGACUGAUGAGGAAUUAGCUUUGUUCAACCAGCUGAAGGUGUCUUCCUCGCCGCCUCCAACUAAUCAUGACUCUGUGUCGUCUCAGUCGGCUACGUUCGUCCAAACAGGUAAUCCUGUCGCCUGUGUUUCUUCUUCUUCAUCUCGGAAAUGGGUCAUUGACUCAGGAGCUAGUGACCAUAUGUCAGGAUCUGUUGACGAAGGAGAUUAUUGGUAAAGGGAAGGAGACUGGUGGGUUGUAUGUGCUGGAUCAACUGGUUCCUCGUGGGGUUGCUUCUGUCAGUCUGCUGGGAAACACAACUCCUUUUCAAUUACAUUGUCGGUAUGGUCAUCCGUCUCUACCUACGUUGAAGAAAUUGUGUCCACAUUUAGAGUCUUUAUCUGUUUUACAGUGUGAGUCGUGCGAACUUGCCAAACACUGUCGGGGAACUUAUUUACCUAGAGUCAAUAAUAGGGUGGAGUCGUUAUUUCAAUUGGUUCACACGGAUGUGUGGGGUCCAUGUCGUGUGUCUUCGAAAUCGGGGUUUAGGUACUUCGUAACCUUUGUAGAUGAUUUUUCGAGACAUACUUGGUUAUAUUUAAUGAAGUCUAGAGAUGAGUUAUUUACUAU